GGGGCGCACGCGCACUGAGUCCACAACUACCAAGUCCCAUACACAGCGAGCUAGACAUCAACAAGAGAGAACGGUAUCUCGAUGCUGUGGAAUUGUGAGAGUAGUUCGGCAACAUUGUAACGACGCGUGUUCAAGGUUAUUAAUUUGUAUCAGCUACGUUCGACUUGCAUUUAAGAUGUUUGGCUUUCACAAGCCAAAGAUGUACCGGAGUUUAGACGGCUGUUGCAUCUGCCGCGCCAAGUCCUCCAGCUCACGCUUCACCGACAGCAAGCGGUACGAGAAUGACUUCACGAGCUGUUUCGGAUUAUGUGAAACUCGGUCUGGAGAAAUCUGCAAUGCAUGUGUACUCCUGGUGAAACGAUGUAAGAAACUCCCAGUGGGGUCUAAGAAAAACUGGAAUCACGUGGUUGAUGCCCGAGGAGGCCCCAGCCUAAAGAUUUCCUCCAGGCCAAAGAAACGGAAGUCCCUCUCCAAGAGAGCCAUGCCAAUCCAGAUCAGCCGACUGCAGAAAGAGCUAAAGAGGAACAACUCUGAUGCCCACAGCACCACGUCCAGUGUCUCCCCGGCCCAGUCUCCCAGCUACAGCAACCCUUCAGAUGAGGGCUCCGACACAGAGCUCUCCCCAGGCUCCAGCCGCUCCCCUGUCUUCUCCUUCCUGGACCUCACCUACUGGAAGAGGCAGAAGGUGUGUUGUGGGAUCAUCUACAAGGGCCGCUUUGGGGAGGUGCUCAUCGACCCUCACCUCUUCAAGCCCUGCUGUCGCAAGAAACGUCAACUGCAGGAGGAAGAGGAGGUAGAAGUGGUGGAGGUGGUGGUGAGGAAGGAAGACGAGGUGGUGAGGUCAGACAGCCAGGAGAGCUCAGAGAGUCCUCAGCUACAGGUCAUCAUGACAACAUCUCAGACCAAAGUGGAGGUUGAGGAGGAAGACUGGCGAUAUUGCACCACAGUGUGAGCAUCUUUGAGGAAGCCUACAGAAUGCUUCUGGUUUACAAGCUCCUACAAGAAGAAGUUACCGCUGAUUGCCUUUAGUCAGCGAGCAGCUGAACCCCGUCGUUUUGUUUGUUUGGUAACUUAUAGACUGACUGAGGCAUAUGGGCAAAUUUUUUCCCAAUUCAUCUGGUCUUGUUGUACUUAAUAUUGUCCUGGGUUCGUCUUCAUUAGGCUUGGGCAUGCAACGGAAAAUGUUUGAAAACGUUUUGCAAUGGAAAAUGAGCAUUUAUUAUUGGGCAAGUCCAUGUAGUCCACUCCGUGUUGCAAAUCCAUUUUCUUCCGUUUGGUGCCUUAUGAACACAACCCAGAUGUUCGGACACCUCUCUUGGUGUUUUUCUCCUUGACAUAAAAUGCUGUAGUUUUGACUGAUCGGCAGAAUACCUUAAUUAACAGGUAACAGCUGUACAGUAGCACUUGUAUUAUUGUGAAACAAAUUCACAUUCACACUAUAUUUAUCUAUUCUGUAUAUAUGGGCCUGUAUGUAUUUCUAUAUGGGCCACGAUCGAGAGCCUGUUCACAGCACCAACAGCCAAUACACCAGCCUUAAUUUAGUGAGGGAAGGCAGUGCUAGUGUUUUGUCAGUGUUGGUACUUAGGGAUGAUAUUAAGGGAAAAUGUUCAAAUUGAAACUUCAUAUUCAUCAUCUCCAGCACCACACCAACACCGGUGUGUAAACUGUGUUUUUUGUGUUGUGUAAUCAAAAAGAUGCACACCAGAAAAUAUAUUAUUCUAGAUGAUGUCAUCUGGUGCGCAUCAUGUCAUUUUAACCAAUUAUGAGUUAGUAAUUUUGACCAGGUGAUGUUCCUGCUCAGAUGUUGCAUGCAUCAACCAAUGGUUGCGUGCCAUUAUAGCAACUGUGACAUGGACUGGCAGAUUGCUAUAACAUAGGUGGUUGCUCAAUUGGUAGAGCAAGUUGUUUACAAUACCAAAUAUCAUGGGUUCCAUUCCCACUAAGGCCACCCACAUAUAAAAGUGUAUAUUAUUUUUAUUAUUAUUAUUAUUAUUAUGUGGUUAGCUGAUACGUAAAAUAACUAUCCAGGUGUUGUAAGAUCUGGCUGGUGUCAACAAUUUCUAAAGUGUUUCCUGAAUGAUGUCCUCAUCUUUUGUUACUACAAAAUAUAGACAUGGGCUGUUUUUAUAUAUAGUAUGUUGAUGUUUGGGUGGUGGAGAUGAUGAAUAUGAAGUUGAAAAUGGUGAAAUGUCCCCUUUUUUUUAAGGCAAUAGUUAGUGCUAGAUAGGUAGUUUUCUCCAGCUUGUUAUGUCAACGUUUGCAACAGAGGCCUAAGGUUUUCAAAAUGAAGUAAAGCAACACCUAGUGUGCUUUGCAUAAAUGCCGAAGAAAUAUAACCCCUCUCAUCCAGAAGAUCUGUAGAUCAGAUGCAUGAGUCAAAUACGCUAUUUCAUGGCCUUAAAAGCAUAUUACUCUUAUUUUCCAGACCCAAUGUAUUUUUUCUUUUUAUAUCACAUAUAAAACAUGUCUUCACCAUAUUAUAAAUCAGCAAAUGCAAUAGUAACCUGUUCAGAUCGUGAAAUAUUCCUCCUGGAGGCCUGGCUGGAUACCUUUUUGGUUAUGACUGUCAAUAAUGGGACAUGAUUGUCAUUACCACACACACAGUGGAUCUACUGCAACAACUUAGACCUACAAUGCAAUGAAAUAACCCACAUGAGCACAACUCUAUCUGCCCCCCCCCCCCCCCCCCCGUUGUCAAAAACUGUUUGUUUUUAUUCUGGGGAACUUAUCUUUUUAUAUUCUAUUUGUCUUUUGUCUGCAGGACUUCCGUAUAAUUUAAACUUCAUGAUACAUAUGUCAAUUCUAUUGAUCGUUAAUUAGGCAUUUUAUACUUUUGAGGACUUACUAUCAUGUUCAAACUUAGAAUUCAUCAUUCCUUGGUUAGUUAAGCUACUACUAUAUACUAGCCUACAUUAUCAAACAAACAACCAAAGCACACUUAAAUUCAUUCCAUUUCAAAUGCAAAACAGAUUAUUUAGUCAUUUAUUUGUAACUUGAGUGGUAUAAAAAGGACACUAAAAUCAGUUUUUAAUUAUCCAUACUAUAGGGAAGAUUGUAUGUAUAUGGACAUAUUUCAAUGGGGGGUUGAGGGCUUUCUAAUGAAAUGUUAUUUAUUUCAUAUUGACUCGGUACUGGUACUUCCUGUAUACUGUUAUAGCUGUGUUAUUUUCUACUCCCUAUAUACAGCCAUGUUUAUUCUAUAUUCACUGUAUUUAUUCCUUGUCACUAUCUAUUUUCUCUCUGCAUUGUUGGAAAUAAGCAUUUCACUGUUCGUUUGUCUGCGAAGUAUGUGACUAAUAAACUUCGAUUUGUAUCUGUGCAUUUUCCCCAUGUGACUAUUCUGAUGCUGGUUUCUCACUAUGUAAUAACUUAGAUUUCACAUUUAAGGUUCUGUGAUAUGGUUAGCAUGUAAUGUAGUUCUUAAGCAAUCAGUCUAGUCUGAAAUUCACAAUUAACAGUAUUUGUGAAUUAUUGGGAACAAUACUCUUAUCAACAUUAAUGUGUAGUAAUUUAUUAUGUAAUAUACUGUACAAUAACUUGAUUGGACCUGUAUCUUUGUAUCAGGUAUCCAGCCUGUUGAACUAUGAAUUUCAAUGAUUUGAGGUAGCCUAUAUUCCAAUUUUACUUUCCUCUCAUCUUUGCCCUGUAAUGUUGCAAGUCGAAUCUUUGCUUUAGUGCUUCAUGCAUGUAUUGUAGCUAUGCAAGUGCAUUUAUUUACCAAGUUAGAUCAACAAAGCAAUGUUUUGUGUUUUAUACAUGAUGUACUUUUUUUGUACAAGCCUUUCAAUAAAAAUAAUUUGAUUUUUGA